UUUGUUUCUAGUAUCUUUGGUUAAACGGUAACGAACGGAUGUAAUAAUUGGUUUACGGAUUUUAUGGUUGGCUCACUAAAAAAUGUAAACAAAGUGGGAUGAACGAAGGAGGUUUUUACAACUAAACCGAAGUCUACAACAGCAUUUCAUCUUAAUCGUACUGCUAGUGUGCAAUUUAAAAACAUCUUUCAUUAGUAUGGAUAGUAUUAGAUAAAGUAUAUGUUAGCUGACUGAUCAAAUCUAGCUAGGCCUAGCCUAGACCAAGGCCUAGGGCUGACGAAACCGACAAAGGAUGUCCCCUGUGACAGACACGUCGUACUGAUUGAGAUUUUGUUAGCUAUUUCCUAUAGUUUGGCCCUCUAUGCUACUGUUGCUGCAACACUGCAACAUUAGUCUAGCCAGGUUAGAGCAAUAAUGUAUAGUUAAAAGGCAUUGCAGUCUUUAACUCUCUUCUGAGUCUUGUGACGUGUCUCCCUCCUGAACAUAGACAUCUUGUACCAAGGCUUUUAGUGGAAGUGUUUUCCAUGAGCUUUGAAGCUUAGCAACCAGCUGGAAUAAUGAAUGGUAGAAUAGUAUGGCGUUAUUUAACAAGUGCAAUUGUAGCUUGUUUUUUUCUCUUGUUCUAUUCAUGGUAUUCAUUAAGUAAUGUGCCUUCUAAGAAAAUUCCUACUGGACCCACAGUCGUAAUGCCUGUGAAAUUUGUUCACUGGACUGACAAAACUGGGUCUAGGAAUGAACAGUCUUUCACAAAACCGCCGCACAAACUACAGAGAACCAAUCUGUUUGAAGAUGGACGUGUUCUAGCCAGGCUGUCAAAGUAUAGCAACAAGUCUUUGUUACGUUCUCAAGCCAACGAAGAAUGGCUGCCAGGAUACUACGCCGAUAAUUUUAAAAAUGAUCCGUCAUUGUCCUAUUUACGAGAGCGAGUAGUUGGGUAUUGCAACCCACCUGAGUUGACUACUACAGGCAAAGAAGGAAUUGUAGUACCAGGAUAUGCUCUUCAAAGUGUUCAUGUUUUGAUACGUCAUGGUGACAGAACCCCAUUAGAGAGUAAUGGUAUGGAAACUGCUGACAUAGACUGCAACUUAAUGAUGGUUUCCCAAACGAUACCUGACCAGAUGUUUGAGUUGUUGGCGACGGACUUGAAUGAGUGGAAAGAUCUGUUAAAGAGAGAGGAUAGUUUGAUGUUGUCCGAUAUGAAGUUGAAGACGUCAUUGCGAACCAGCGCUUUCAGUUCCAUAAACCUGAACUAUUUGUCUGCCUUGACAUCUGACAGCUCGAAAUGCCGCACAUCACAAAUGACUCCAAAUGGUUGGCGACAACAUUUGGCAAUUGGAGAGUUUUUGCGGAAUGCUUAUACUCCCCACAAUCUUUUAAACCCUGAAGCUGUUAACUACAAGGAUGUUAUGAGCUUGCAUUCAACCACAUAUUCUCGUACAAUGCAGAGCGCCAUCGCUUUACUCUAUGGUUUACUACCGGAAGAUCAGAUUCUCAAGACACCAGCACUGAAGACUACUCGUGCACUGAACUUCUGCGAGGGGAAGAUGUGUGAUUGUUCUGCUGUGCACAAUCUUCUUAACCAGGUGUCCUUAGAGAAAUCAAGACAUAAAAUCGAUCAUGAAUACACACGCAAAAUCACAAAGAGCAUUAAAAAUAUUUUGUAUGGUGAUGACCAACAUUCACCGAAAUUACCACACUUCUUUGCACUUCUUGAUCACUUUACUUCAUUUUUAUGUCAUAAUAAAAAGCUGCCAUGUGGUCCUACCAAGUGUCUUGAUCUGGACCAAGUACAGGAGGUUUUUAAAUACGUCGAUAAGUUAGAAGAUGACCUGAAAUCACAUGACGACAGCUUAAGCAUGAAGCACGCAAGAUUGUUUAUGUAUCCACUGCUGAAGGAGAUAACAGAUGCAAUAUCUUUCAACUCAACCAAGCAUCGUUUUUCUCUAUAUUCUGGUCACGAUUUAACAAUCACACCAUUUCUAGCUAUCUUGGGCCUGCCUGAUUUUCGUUGGCCAAAUUAUGCUGCGCGAAUUAUAAUUGAGGCAUGGUCUAAAUUUAACAAAAAGUUUAUUCGUGUACUCUACAAUGGGGAUGACAUGACUGAUAAACUGCGUUUCUGCCGUAACCAACUAAAUCAGGAUGGUCUUUGUCCAUUAACGCAGCUUGUUGAUUUUGUGAACAAGCAAAAUUUUGUUUUAUUUAAUGCAAAAAGUUAUGAAGAAGCCUGUCUUUCCUCUAAACUAUAGUUCUUUCAAAUCAAUUCAAAAUCUUGUCUUUCUUCAAAAUUCUGGUUUUAUAAAAUGACAAAAAAAUUGUUGAAGUAAAAGCAGAAAUAUCAGAAAAAUUAUGGUACAAAUUAGUGCAAAUUCAAAAAUCAUAGUGCCCUCUGUUGACAAACCUCUCUCAAGCCAUAAUAUCCGAGAUUCAUUUAUUUAUCGUUCAAUGGAUGUUUAAAGGCUAACAUAUUUUAAUAAAUAAACUUCAGCAUAUAAUCUGUAAAUAUUUUACCAUUUACUGAAAAAGGUCAAAUAAAAAAAAAAAACAAUCAAGUGCCAGUCAAUAUUAGGAGAAUAGAAUAUGUGCUUACUGUUAUACAUGUACUAGCUGCUAAUGUUGAAAUUUUAGUUGUUCUGUCAAUGCCUAAAUUUUUCUUGCCUUUGAGUCUUUACAACGAGAAAGUUUUGUGCUCAUGUUGCUUUAACUGUAAAAUAAGUUUAAUAAAUUUGCUGCAAUGGGAAAGAAUGGUAAAUGCUGAGCCAUGUACAAGUUGCAUAGAUUUUAUGCAGAAUUUGAAAGAAAUAUUAAAAGGGACUUUCCCGCACUACUACAGUAGACUUGUAUUGUUGUGCAAUAUAGGAAAUGUCUUGCAUGCAUUCACUAAUUGCCAUCCACCACAGUUGGGUUCUUUUGAAAUAUAUUUUUAAUGGUGCUCAUUCUUUCAAUAUAUAACUUAAUUUUUAUAUAACUUAAUUUUUAUAUAACUUAAUUAAGUAUCGAAAUGCUCGCCAUCGUGAUUUCGAUACUUGGAGUAUGUAUUAUACUAUCUCAUCUGAGAUUAAUCAGUGGACCUUUCGGUUUUAAUUUUUUAAUUUAAUAUAUCCUUGUAUAUAUUUAUGUUAUGUUACCUUUAAUAGUCUUGUUCUUUCAUUAUAUAAUUUUAUUUUUUUAAUUUAUAUAUCCUUGUAAAUAAUUACAUUGUUUCAUUUAAUGGUCUUGUUCUUUCAUUACUAUACAUAAUUUUAUUUAUCUUAUAUAUAUAUAUAUUAAUGUUAUGUUACAUUUAAUGGUCUUGUUCUUUCAUUACUGUAUAUAAUUUUAUUUUUUUAACAAUUUAUAUAUCCUUGUAUAAUUAUGUUGUGUUACAUUUAAUGGUAUUGUUCUUUCAUAUAAUUCUACUCAUAUGUUGUAUCUUGUAUCUAGAAAACUCAGAUGUGAGAUACGAGUUUUCUAGACCUGAGUUUUCUAGCACAUUAUUAAGGGAAUUUGAAAAAUUAAUAGAUUUUUUUAGUCUUUCAUAAUGCAUCCAUAUAAAAUAUUUAUUCCAUACUGUAUUUACAUUUUAAGAUUUUUAAACACUGGUGCUAAUGUCCUAUCUAAAACUUAUUUUUGAAAUUUACUUUUAAUAUGAAUUCACUUUUACUUUAUUACUUUAUUAAUAUGCUAUCUGAAAUCGAUGCUUCUGUAUUGAAAGUAUUAUCACGAUAGAAUAACUAUUUCUUUUUAAAUUUUUGUAAACAAGUCUUUCAGAACUUCGUCCACAGAAAAACAGGUUAUCGCCAUACUGUACUUUAAACUUUUCAAAAUUGUUCAAAAUAUUAAUAUGCUAACUGAAUCUUUAGAAAUUUAUGCUUUUGUAUUGAAAAUGUUAUCAUGGCACAAAAAUUAUUUCUUUUUAAAGUUUUGAAAACAAGUCUUUCAGAACUUUUCAAAACGUGCUUGUUAUACUGUGGUUCAAAAUGCAUCGUUCAUAAUUUAAUAAAUAUAACACAUUAUAUGUUGGAACAAAA